UCUGAAAUAAUUACGUUUAAAUCAUAUUGGGAAUUUUUGAUAGACCAAUAAUUCUGUAGAACACACAGUUUAGCAGUUUUUUAAUCUAAUCAUUGUAAAAAUGCUGCAAAAAUUCACCAACUUUUUUUUUGCUAGAACCCCCACCUCGAAACUAGAUUGGCAGGUGAUCGAAGAAAGUCUAAGUCAAAGCUCUGAGUUGGAUCUACUGAAUGGUAAUGAAGAUCAAAUGUUCCUCUGCCAAGAAAAUAUUCUGAAUGCCACAGUGAAUCAUCCUCUCAAUCUGAAAUAUCCAUUGCCAGAAAUUUAUAUUCAUAGCUUCCUCAAAGCCCUUAUCAAUAAGGUGGAAAAAUACCCAUGUGAAAUUCAUUAUCAAGUUUUGGAAAAGUAUACCGACCUAGUGUGUAAAAAUCUAGCUGAUACGGAAUCUGGAUAUCGAACAUUUAUAAUUGAUGAGAGCACAAGCAUUAGUCUGAAAGAGAACAUCAGCAUCAUAUCAGAUGGAACCACGGGGCUCUGCACAUGGCAGGCGGCGUUUUAUUUGGCUGAAUGGUGUAUUGCAAACCGCGAAAGGAUUAGCGGGAUGACGGUCAUCGAACUCGGUUCGGGGGCGGGCCUUGCUGGUCUUACAUGCUAUAAAAUGUGCCAACCUCGAUUUAUAACUCUGACUGAUUUUCACCCAAAAGUAAUAGAGACGCUUCGUUACAACGUGAAAAAUAAUCAAGUAAUCACAUCACGAAGCGGUUCGUCGAUUAAUGUCCAGUCGUUAGAUUGGAUGGAGUUUAGUAAAAACGAAAAUGACUUAGAGGCAGAUCUUGUUCUAGCUUCAGACGUCGUUUACGAUGAAGAGCUGAUUCCCUUCCUAGUAGGAACACUAGUGAAAUUACUUCAACCAAAGCGUAAUCUGAAUAUGUUACCCUCCGCUAUUAUCGCCUGUACGGAGCGGAAUGAAGAGACAUUGGAGCGCUUUUUGUCCGAACUGGGAAGUCGGCCACCAAGAGACGCACACGAUCGCAAAGUUGACAACUGUGAAAGUAACGGACCUUUUCGUUUCGCCGUUUGCCAAGAAAAAAAAAAUCUUCCAGCAAUAUGAACGGCAAAAAAAAAGAGAUUUGCUUCAUGGCCGGUGCGGGUCGUAUGACAUAAGAGCUGAUGAAUUAACGAGGUGAAAGUGUGCGCGGCAUACUUUUAUACGUGUGUAGCUAACCUACGUGUUAUGACACACUAGCGCCGUCGAGCGCGCAAAAACCCAUCAGGUAUGGUUUCUGGCAGUUUGCCUGUCUUUGCUUUAUAGUUCUUUGUCCGCGCCGUUUCUUUUUUGCAGGAGCAGAGAACUUUUAAAAGAGACAACAACUUUCCUUGGGCCCCUUUCCGUUGUUGUCGUACAAUCUUAGAUUAUACAACAGCUCUCUAUCG